GCGUGGGCGGUGCAGGGGAGCCGGCAACAGCGCCAACGGGAGCGGCCGGUGGUGUGCAACCCACGACCAGUAGCGCUAAUGCUCAGACGGUCAAGGUCGCUUCGAGCGUGAUGAUCCCCGGUACAUCCGCCUACGCCCUUCCUCCUGCCUAUGCGACCAACCGAAAGAUGGGUGCCAUGUCGUUUGACCAGAUACAAGCACAGAAUGAGGAACUCUCUCAUCAACGCGCUGGCCAGGGCAAGGACCGCGAGGAAGUCGACCUCGUCGAGCUCGGCGUCGGCUUCACGGUCAACCCGGUCGCCAGGAUGAUCAAGCGGAACAACAAGUGCAUGAUGUCCCGGGAUUGGAAGACGGUCUGGAGAGAGAUCCAAUUCACCCGAGCGCUCGAACGGGUUGAACAGCUUAAAGACGAGGGGGCUUGGAGUUUCAGGCAGAUGAAAAAGUUUAGAGGACCGCCCUUGUCCGGAGGGAAGAGUCAUUGGGAUUGGCUGUUGGACGAGAUGAGAUGGAUGCAGGCGGAUUUCAAAGAGGAGAGGAGAUGGAAGAUUGUCCUUGCGCAAGAGAUGGCGCAAGAGGUACGACGGUGGCACAAGGCGAGCGACGUCGAUCGGGCGAGGAUGAUGGUUGGUGGUAGAGGGUGGGGUCAGAAGCGUUAUCACAAUGGACGGCGGGGUGGCAGUGGGGACGGCAUGGACGUCGACGAGGACGCAGACGGUGCACAGCGGAUCGGGCAGGCGAACGAAGCGGAGGGCGCUGACGAGGUGCUGGAAGGUAUCUUGGAAAGGGAUCGUGACGUCGAGGUCGCCAAGGAGCAUAUUCAAGAGGCAGGCAAGGCGGAGCAACCCGUCGAGAAACCCAAGGAGGAGGCGGACGAUGAUGCCGAGGGCGAAGAAGAUGGUGAUGGUGAGCCAGAUGAGGAUGCCGAAGGAGAAAAGGACGAGGAAGAUGAAGAUGCCGCCGGUGAGGUCGAUGACGAGAUGGCGUUCCCUGGCACAGAGGAUGUGGUGAUGACUGAAGGCGUUGAUCCUGCCGUCGGGGACCGAGCGCAGUCGGCCUUGAGGAAUAGCGCACUUGGACCCGCAGCGUUCGGCCAGAACGACACCUUGAUGGCAGAGCAGGAUCCGCCGAACCCGAUCGAUGACCGGGAAGUCUUUGUGGCGGCUGCUCCUGCUGUUCGGAAACCUCUCCUCGAUAUCGAUCCUUCUGCCGUCGUGGUGGACAUCAAGUCGCUCAUCAGCCAACAGGCAGCAGCCAAGAACGUCGCCGUACCCGAAGACGUCAUCCUGGCGGAUCUCUUCCCGGAUCUCAGUGUCUACACUGGCCCGGUCAUGAACGAGAACAAGGUGGAAAAGCGAUCCGAUGAGAGUGCAGGCCGUCUCACCCAUACGACCAGGCUCAUGGAUAUCAGGCCGGUCAUUGUCAGCUCGAUCCAGCCUUCGCUUACCAGGCGCCCUGACGGGAAAUGGCAGCACAUUGACCAGGGCUUCCUGCACGAGCCUGAAGACGAUCUGGAAGAGUUUCGGUUUGAUCCUGCCGCUUACCCAGCUCCCAUUUUCGAGGGCAAAAAGGCCAGACCCAUCGUCGACGUCUCUCAAAACCGAGCCCCUGAACAGCCUCGGAACGCUGCCAUUCGCAGCGCCACCGUUCUUUGGGACGAGCAGGACGACGACAUGCUCUUGCGACUCAUUCGCGACUAUGCCUGGAAUUGGCGGCUCAUCGCAGACUUGUUCAAUUCCGCUCGAGGUACCAUCUCGACUGACAAGCGGAGUGCUUGGGACUGCUACCAUCGAUGGGACCAAAAGUGGGGACCGACAUCCAAAGCCACCGCAGCAGCCAAUGCCACAGCUCAGGGUGAACCGGUCCUCACGCCGGCUCAGCAGGAGUUUCAGCAAGCACGAGCUCAAGCUCAAGCCAUUGCGAUUGCCAAUCAUGCUCAAUCAGGUGGCACAGGCCCACCACCUGUACCUGUGCUGCCGCCAGCUACCAUGACGACACCUUUGGCAGCACCAGCAGUCCCAGGCGCGGUUCCGAACACGACUCCCAUACCGACUUCUGCUGUGCCGGCUUCUGCGGUAGCGACGUCGGUGACGGCCGGAGACGAGAGUGUCGAUUUGAGCGGGGUGACUUCACCCGGAGCUGCCAGGAGAGAAGCCAAGCUGCAAAGGGAAGCUCGAUAUCAAGGGUCCAAGCGAAAGGUCAGGAACAACACCAUGCGCGAUGCGAUUCGGAGGUCACAGAAGAGGCGAGAGAUCAACCGAAAGAACAACAUCCGCGAGACUAUCGACGGGCAGCAAGUUGUCAACGUACACGAGAGUCAUAGCGGUUUCUUGCCUCAGCGAGGUGUGCCGGUUCCGACGCCACAGGAGUUGAGCCAGUUGCAGUACGAGCGCGUCCUUGCCGAGCACGAAAAGUCUCGCAUGACUUCGCGUUUGGCCGAACAAAGACAGCAGCAGCUCGUACAACAGCAACGUAUGCAUCAAGCUCAGAUGCAGCAACAGCAGCAGCAACAACAAGCACAGCAACAGGCUCAAGCUCAAGUUCAAGUUCAGGCUCAAGCUCAACAACAGCAGGGUCAACCUCAGAACCAGCACCAACAACAGAAUCAGCAGAAUCAGCAGCAACAUCAGCAACAUCAACAGCAGCAGCAACAACAAGCUAGAUCGUCGCAAACGCCACAAUCUCAGUCGAACGGACCUUCUCCCGCGCCUCGACUUACUGCUCCCGCUCCUGUCGGCGCAGCUGGCCAUCAACCUCCGACUCCAGGUGCUGCUCAGCAGAUAGCGAUGCAACAGACGCAAAUGGUCACUCAGGCGUUGCAGGUGGCUGCUCAGCAACAGCUGCAGCAACAGCAGGGCUCGAACGGCAAUGGCGGGCAGGCGAACUCCACCGGACAGGUCCCGAUGCCCGGGCAGAUCCCGAACCCGGUCGGCGGACCUGCAGGUCAGGGUCAGCAACAACCGAGAGCACAGAUCACAGGACCAAACGUGAUCACAUUGUCGAACGGUUCGCGAUUGACGGUGCCCCCGCAGGGAUCUCCCAAUAUGCAACGUCUUCAGAACCAUCUCAACCAACAGAGGACCACUGGUGUACUGGCCGGCUCUCCUGCGAACACGCACCCCGUACAAGGACAACCGCAAGGGCAACCCCAAGGUUCUCCUCAUAUGCCACCCACACCUCAACCAGGCGGAUCGAGACCUGCCUCGCGCACGAGCCAGACCAGCGGACCCAACCAGGCCGGCCAAGGUAACCCUACAGGACCCGCACGACCCGGUCAGAAUCGGCCCACCGGUGGACCUGGUAAUCCGACGGGAAUCCCACCUGUUCCUAGGCAGAUCAUGGCCAUGGGCAAGAACCCUAUCCCCGCCUCGCCAGACUUUAUCAACAAGUUGUUGGCCAAGGCUGGACUGCAGAGUCUGGCUAAUAUACCUCUGAUCCCGCCCCCGGAGGGACAACAAUGGACUAAAGAUCAGGUCACUCAGCUACAAGUCGAGUAUCUACACAACCUCGCCAUGGCGCAGACGGCCAAGGCGGCAGAAGACGCCGCCAGAGCUCGAGCGGCGCAGCAGGGAGGUCGUCCGGGAACCCCAGGGUCUGGUCCAGGCAGUGCUGCGGGGAAUAGUUCAACGGGAGCCAAUACGCCAACCUAUGGAAAUCCGAACAACGGGGUUGGGGGCGGGAGCGCCCACAACGGUAACAGCAACAAUCAUAACGCUGGCGGUUCCAAUACCUUUACGAAUACCAAUUCCAAUACCCGCAACAAUCCUGCUACGAACAACAGUGGAACCGCUAACAACACCAGUGGACCGCCAUCCACCGCCUCGAUUCCCGUUCCCAAUCAGACGGGCAACGUAGCCGCGCCCAGCAAGCCCGUGACGCAGAUCAACCCAACCCAGACUACCGGGAAUGCUAACCAAGCACCUGGGCCGAAGAACGCUGGCAAUGCCAAGGCUGGCAGCAGUAAUAACAGCAACAAUGCGGCGGUUGGCGAAUCGACGUCCACCUCGAAACAGCACGCGACCGCAACACCGACCGCCACGCCAAAGCCCAAGACAACAUCGACAACGUCGACAUCGACAUGAGAGAGACAGACACAAUAUACUCGUCAUCUGGCAUCGAAGCGUUGUAUUCUGUCGAAAUUAUAGAUCGUUGUAACAACCACUGUAGCUGUAUAGCUGAGAGUCUGAUUGCAUCGUGUAUACUGCGCUCUCAUCGGGCAUAUUCCGGGUUGACGACCGUGUGACGCCAUUUCCCCUCGGGAUCGUUUGAUCGCUUGCGGCGAAUUCGACAUCGAGAGAGAGUGGGGUACGGCGUGGAGC